AUGACUGAUAAAGGUGUCAAGCCCAACAUCGUGACGUACAAUUGUCUGAUCCAUGGAUAUCUCUCUAUAGGAAAGUGGAAAGAGGUGAUUCAAAUGCUCAAAGAAAUGUCUGCACAUGGUCUUGAGCCAGAUGUUUUUACUUAUGGCUUGCUGCUGGACUAUCUAUGCAAGAACGGAAAAUGUAGAGAAGCUAGAUUUUUUUUUGAUUCUAUGAUUAUGAAGGGCAUUAAACAUGAUGUAACUAUCUAUGGUGUUCUGCUUUAUGGGUGCGCCGCCAAAGGUGCUCUUGCUGAUAUGAAUGAUCUCCUAGAUUUGAUGGUAACAAAUGGUAUUUCACCUAAUCAUCACAUCUUCAACAUAUUCUUCAGUGCAUAUGCUAAAGGUGGUAUGAUAGAUAAGGCAAUGGAUAGUUUUAACAAAAUGAGGCAGCAAGGGUUGAGUCCUAAUGUUGUCAGCUAUGGAGCACUAAUAGAUACACUAUGCAAGUUAGGCAGGGUGGACGAUGCUGUCCUUAAAUUCAAUCAGAUGAUCAAUGAAGGAGUGACUCCUAACAUUGUUGUUUUCAGUGCCCUAGUUUAUGGACUGUGCACCGUUGACAAAUGGGAGAAGGCCGAGGAAUUAUUUUUUGAAAUGUUGAAUGUAGGGAUACGCCCUAACGUGGUGUUCUUCAGCACAUUAAUUUGUAACUUAUGCAAUGUAGGACGGGUCAUGGAAGCCCAGAGGCUCAUUGACUUGAUGGAACAUGUAGGCGUAAGGCCGAAUGUUGUCUCAUAUACACCGUUAAUAUAUGGUUAUUGCUUAGCUAGAAGAAUGGAUGAAGCGAAGAAGGUAUUUGAUGGUAUGGUUUCAAUGGACCUGACACCUGAUGAAGUUACUUAUAAUACUCUGCUUCAUGGCUACUGUAAAGCUCAAAGGGUAGACGAUGCAUAUAGCCUUUUUCGAGAAAUGUUGCGCAACGGCAUUACAGCUGGAGCUGUGACUUACAAUACUAUACUGCAUGGUCUGUUUCUAAAUGGGAGAUUUUCUGAAGCAAAGGAACUCUAUCUCAAUAUGAUCAAAAGUGGAAAAGAGUGGAACAUUUACACAUGCAACAUAAUUCUGAAUGGGCUUUUCAAAAACAAUUGUGUUGAUGAAGCAUUCAAAAUGUUUCAGAGGCUGUGUUCUAAUUAUUUUCAACUUGACAUUAUUACUUUCACCAUUAUGAUUGGGGCUCUGCUCGAAGGUGGCAGAAAGGAAGAUGCAAUGGAUUUGUUUGCUACUAUCUCUACUCAUGGUUUGGUUCCGAAUGUUGUGACCUACCGGUUAAUAGCAGAAAAUCUCAUAGAAGAAGGGUCGCUAGAGGAGCUCGAUGGUCUGUUUUCAGCAAUGGAAAAGAGUGGUACUGCUCCAAACUCAUGUAUGUUAAAUGCUCUAGUUAGGAGGUUGUUGCAUAGAGGUGACAUAAGCAGGGCUGGGGCUUACCUCUGCAAACUUGAUGAGGAGAAUUUCUCACUUGAGGCUUCUACAACUUCUAUGCUUAUAUCACUUUUCUCGAGGGGUGAAUAUUAG